AUGGGUAGCAUAAGUUACAACAGAGACAUAAAAAGAGGACAACUUAUUAAUUGCAAGUUUUAAUUGCAUCCAACUAUUUAUUUAAAAAAAAACGAUUAUUGUCUGUGUAAAUGCUUGUUUUAAUGUGGAGGAGCAUCCAAUUUUGUAAACAUAUAGGAUUAUUCUUAACUUCCCAUUUAAACAUUUCAAAGGCUAUAUGAAAGAUUGUUUUCUAAAGAUGGAGACGAAUUUUAUAAAUUAAGAAAUAUGGUGUGUUGUAAAACCUACAACAUGAGGAUAGUUCUAUAAAAAAAUGAGCCAUCAAAAAAACAAAUGAAGUCUGCCUUAGCUCUUUUAGAUCGAUUAAAUCUGUAUGGUUAAGGAUAAAAUAUAGACAAUAAGUAAAAACUCUAAAAAGAGGUUCUUAAUUAGAUAGAUUUGUAGCAAAAUAUCUAGGUCAGCUAAUAAAAAUAAAUUAAAUAUGUAUAAAUUCAUAAUCAAGAGAAAAAUAAACUUUUUGACAUAAUAAAUUCAUCUAUUUUACUAUGUAAAUCCUCUUUUGAGGAACUAACUUAGACACAGAAUUUAAAUUUUACCUUAAAAGAAACCGAUUUGAAGAUAUUCCAACAUUUAAAUAAAACCAAAUUUUAUUCUAAUGCAAAUCUAUUGUUAUUUCAUUAAAAUCAAAUCCCUAUGAAAAGUAAAAACUAUUCCCUUUAUCAAUUCAAUGAAUUCUUAGGAAUUGCUUUAAAACAAAAUUAAAAAGAGAAUGAAUUAACUGUUCAAUAAAAACCAAAAGGAUUCUUAACUCUAAUAAACAUCAAAGAGUAAAUUCAAACUGUAAAAUAAUAAGAAUCAAAUUAAAAAUAACAAUUAGCAAAUUAAAAAUAAUAAUAGAAGCCUAAAAAAUUUAUUUAGAAAAAAUAAAAACAAUAAAGUAACAUAAAAACUAAAAAUUUGAUAAACUCUGAAACCUUCACAUUUGAGCAAUUUUAGGUUGGCCCUCUUGUUAUCACUAUUAAGUAUUCAUAUAAUUUGAUAAUUUUAGAGAUUUAAAUUCAAAUAGAGACAUAAUUGACUUUAUAUAUUAGUAUCAUAAGGUUGUGCAUGAUAGACCAAAUACUGAUGAGGAAAUCAUAAAAAUGUAUUGUAGAAACUACUUAAAUACUAAUACAUUUUUAGAAGACUUCCAAAAAAAUAUUAAAAUAUAAUUAGGCCAAAGAUACAUGGAGUAUAAAUUAAAUGGUAAAUUAAUUGCAUUGGGUGCUAUUAUAUUAACUUAAGAGUAUUUUGUUUCGGAAUAUUUUUUCUAUCUUCCUGAGCUGAAAAACUUUAAUAUUGGAGUGUUUUCAAUUUUAGUUGAAAUUGAGUAUGCAAAACAGAUUCAGAAAUAUUUCCCAAAAUUCAAAUAUCACACACUUGGCUACACUACAUUAAGGACAAAAAAGAUGGAGUAUAAAUUACAAUUCAGUGGCACUGAAAUUCAAUGUCCGGAUUCGUACAUUUGGACUGAGUACAAUGAUUAAGUUAAAGCCAAAAUGAUAAGCUAAGAUUUUAAAAUCGAUAUUCCUAUGCAAGUUCCACCAUUAGACUUCUCAAAAGUCACAGUCUAGCUCUAUGGUAUGAAUGUAAAAGCAAAUCUCUUAUGCGAUGAUUAAAACUAGGAUGAAAUCUCAAAAUAUUUUUUAUUCUAUGCUUAAGAGUUAGGAAAUGAACUUAUGUAUGAUUUCAGAUUUAUCUAUAAUGAGGAAAUAUUUUAGAGUUGA